AGCCGGAAGUGGCGGUCGGGGCGGCCGGGCGCGGGCCGUUGGGCCGCCGGGAGCGGCCUCCCCCUUGCGCCCCCCCCAUCCCCGCCAUGCACCCGCGGCGCCCCGACGGCUUCGACGGGCUGGGCUACCGGGGCGAGCCGGGCCCCGGCGGCAGGGCCUCGGAGCCGGGCCACUGGGUGAGCAGCCCGCCCGACAUCCCCGGCAGCCGCAACCUGCACUGGGGCGAGAAGACGCCGCCGUACGGCGCGGGGACGCCGCUGGGCCUCAACGAGGAGCCCGGCCUCGGGGCGGCCGGACCCGGCGCCGAACAGUUGAACAGAUUUGCAGGCUUUGGUAUUGGCCUUGCAAGCUUAUUUACAGAAAAUGUGUUGGCACAUCCUUGCAUUGUUCUACGUCGUCAGUGUCAGGUUAAUUAUCAUGCUCGGAAUUACCAUCUCACUCCAUUUACUAUUGUCAAUAUUAUGUACAGCAUCAAUAAGACACAGGGUCCAAGAGCUCUUUGGAAAGGAAUGGGCAGCACAUUCAUUGUUCAGGGAAUAACCCUGGGAACAGAAGGCAUCGUCAGUGAAUUUACACCAUUGCCGAGAGAGCUCUCACAUAAAUGGAACCUCAAACAGAUAGGUGGACACCUUCUGCUCAAAGGGUUAACACAUGUGGUAGCAAUGCCUUUUUAUUCUGCAAGCCUGAUUGAAACUGUGCAGAGUGAAAUCAUUCGAGACAAUCCUGGUAUUCUGGACUGUGUGAAAGAAGGAAUUGGCAGAGUUGUAGGCUUGGGAGUACCUCACAGCAAGCGUCUCCUUCCUCUAAUGGUCUUGAUUUUUCCAACUGCCGUACAUGGAGUUCUUCACUAUGUCAUCAGUUCCAUCAUCCAGAAGCUUGUUUUGUUUGUUCUGAAAAGGGAUAAUUCCCACAACCUUCCAACAGAGAGCUCUACUUCUGUGCAGAGCAUGCUGGAUGCGUAUUUUCCUGAACUUAUUGCUAGCUUUGCUGCUAGCCUUUGUGCUGAUGUCAUGCUUUACCCGCUGGAGACAGUUUUACACCGCCUUCAUAUUCAAGGGACACGCACAAUAAUUGACAAUACAGACCUUGGCUAUGAAGUGCUUCCGAUCAAUACUCAGUAUGAGGGGAUGAGAGACUGCAUAAAUACUAUAAAACGUGAAGAAGGAAUGCUAGGUUUUUAUAAAGGAUUUGGAGCUGUCAUAGUACAGUAUACCUUGCAUGUGGCUGUUCUACAGCUCACCAAAAUUAUCUACUCAACACUGCUUCAAAAUGUUUCUUAAUCUGUUCAGGUGUCAAUUUAGCACAGUGGACAUAAUUGAGUUAUACUAACCUAAUUAUUGUUAAAAUGGCAUAGAAAGUAGAGCUUGAAGAAUCCAUUCUGUGGAUUCUUGUAAAAGAACUUUUUUUCAAAACUGGAAAUUUAGAUGAAUGCCAUUCAAAAAGUACUGUUUAAAUUUAAAAUGAUAAACACGAAUAUAAUAUGCAGUCAUACAAAAGGGGAUAAUUUCAAAUAUGGUUGGAAUGAGGAUUUACCUUUCCUCUUACUGAUUAACUGACUUAUUGAAUGGAUAUGAAUUCUUGAUCUUUGCUCUAUAAACAUCGUAUCUGAUAUUUAAUUUGGACUGCUAGACAGUUUAAAGGAAUUUAUUUCAUGAGUUGUAGGAACUUGGAAACGUGAGACUGGGCUUACUGGUCUUUUAAGUGUUUUCAGCUUCACUGUUAAUGGACCUGUCAGCAAAACAGAAACUGUAAAAGUAACUUAAGUAGACAUAAAUCACAUAAUUUACAAGUAUAUAAGCUUAAUUUGCUGCAGUGUGGCAGAAGAUGGAUCUUUUGCUUUAUAAAAAAAUAAAAACUUUUUUGGGGAUAAAGUUGCACAGAAUGUAAAAAUGUGGCUGUCUUGCAGUUUGUUCACAAGGCUUACAGUAACUAAAGUGUGUGAAUAAAAGAAAAUUAGAAGCUGUUGUGUGCAUGUGUAAGUGCCAUUCUUAGACCACUUUCCACUCAUAACUUCAGUUUAGUUUUAUUCCAUCUAAGAGUAGAAUAAUCUUGCAAAUGUAUUUAGUAUCAAUGUUCACAGUGUACUGAGAGGAAAAUGAUCAGUUGGCCAUUUCUGAAGUUUCUCUUUUGCUAGAUUGGAGGGAUAUGUACGAAAUUACCUACUUAAGAUUUAGCACUCAUGUCCUUUGCUUAAAGUCUCUGAUGGAUUAGAUAUUUUGUGAAGCAGAAUUCAAUCUGUUCAUGUGCAAGCAGAUACUGAAAUGUACCGUUUUUGCACUCUUCACCUAGUAAAAAAAAUUAAGUCUGUCAGUCUGAAGAUGAGUUUUGGUCAUUCUAAAUAACUUAUUUGUUGGCUUCAUCAGUGAAUAUAAUGAAAAGUGUUGCAGGGGGGUGUGAUUUUAGCAAAUAAAGCAGGCAUGUGGGGAGUCACUUUUAAAUUAUAUGAGUCUGUUACCUUCUUCACACUUCCCUGUAGCAAGUCUUUAUCUUCAAAUACUGUAAAUUGGUGUGCAUUUAAUCUUUAAGCAUUGUAUAGUAGCUACCAUUUAUGGAAAGUAGUAAUGGCAAAACAGUGAAAAAGUGUUGCUGUUCAUAAGCUCUGACUUGAAAUCAUUUGCAAGUCUGCUUUAUGGUUAAAGUAACUUUCAUGUUUUUUUUAAAAUACGUAAGCAUUGAAAUGGAAAGUGUAGUGAAAUUGGGAACUUGUUUUGAAAUACUGUUAAUGGAGAAUUUAGUGUCUAGAAUGAAAGCAAUCAAAUAAAGUGAGAAUUUGUUGUAAAUAUUUUGAAGUAAUUCACUGAAGAGGCACACAAAGGAAGCCUGGUUCGUAUGUUAUGCUUUGUUGUAUAUACUUCAUAACGGCUUUUUCAAAUUGCUCAACCUUCCUAAGUGCAAGACCACAUUGAAUUAAAACUACAUGCAAGAA